ACGGGGCUCCUCUCUCUCCCUCUGCCUGUCUGUGUGUGUGUGUGCGGGAGAAGUUGUUGGCACAGGGAGCACCAGGUAGCGUCUGCGCUCCUCUCACGGAUUUCUCCUGGCAGACUGAGGGCAGGCGGACUCCCUGCGCUCUGUGUGUGUUUUUCUUUUUCUUUUUUAUUUCUAAGGGGAACAUACGAAGCUUUGACGAUGAGGUGGACGUACCAGGACGCAAAGUGAGGAGUGAUUAUUCUCUUUAUUUGUUUUUUUUAAAUGAACAUCUGACAUCGCGCCCAGUGGAGACAUCUUCCCGUCGCACAUCUGGAUUUCUUCUGUUCGAUUCUGACGGAGCAACACCACCGAGGAUUCCACUGAUGUGUGCGAUGUGGAAACUGCAAGUCGCCUUAUGUACUCUGCCGAUGCUGCUGCUGUCCCUGUCAUGUGCCGGUGAGAGCAAAGCGCGGAGCUGUAGCGAGGUGAGACAAGCUUACAACGCCAAAGGCUUCAGCCUCGUCAAUGUGCCUCAUCAGGAGAUAUCAGGUGAGCACCUGCGUGUCUGUCCUCAGGGAUACACCUGCUGCACGUCCGAGAUGGAGGACAAACUCAACCAACAGAGCAAACAGGAGUUUGAGAACUUGGUGGACGAGAGCAGCCACAAUAUGAGGACGACGUUUGUCUCCAGGCAUAAAAAGUUUGACGAGUUUUUCCUGGAGCUUCUGGACAAUUCGGAGAAGUCUCUCAACAGUAUGUUCACGCGCACGUAUGGGAAGCUGUACAUGCAGAACUCAGAGGUGUUCCAGGAUCUGUUCACUGAGCUGAAGCGCUACUACACGGGAGGUAACGUCAACCUGGAGGAGAUGCUGAACGACUUCUGGGCCCGACUGCUGGAGCGCAUGUUCCAGUUGCUCAACUCCCAGUACCACUUCACAGACGACUACCUGGAGUGCGUCAGUAAAUACACUGAUCAGCUAAAGCCCUUCGGGGAUGUGCCCAGGAAACUCAAGGCCCAGGUCACCAGGGCCUUCAUCGCUGCCCGGACGUUUGUGCAGGGCCUCAUGGUCGGUCGGGAAGUCGCCAACAGAGUCGCCAAGGUGAAUGUCGCUCCUGCAUGUGUCAGAGCCUUGACCAAGAUGCUGUACUGUCCAUACUGUCGCGGCAUGCCCGGGCUGAAACCCUGUCACAACUACUGUCACAACGUCAUGAGGGGCUGUCUGGCCAACCAGGCAGACCUCGAUCCUGAAUGGAACGUCUUCAUCGAGUCUAUGUUACUGGUGGCAGACAGACUGGAGGGACCCUUCAACAUCGAAGCAGUUAUUGAGCCAAUUGACAUCAAGAUCUCUGAAGCUAUCAUGACCAUGCAAGACAACAGCAUGCAAGUGUCAGCCAAGGUUUUUCAAGGCUGUGGCCAACCAAAGCCAUUGGGAAUAGGCAGGUCUACCCGUGGCAUCUCAGAUGUGUUCAGCACUCGUUUCAGACCCUACACCCCUGAGGAGAGGCCGACCACAGCAGCUGGAACAAGCCUGGAUAGACUGGUGACUGACAUCAAAGAGAGGCUGAAGGAGUCCAAGAGGUUCUGGUCCAACCUGCCAGAUGACAUCUGCGCCAAGGGCAAACUCACGGAAUCUGACGAUGAGCAGUGCUGGAACAGCCACACGAAGGGCAGAUAUUUCCCCGAAGUGGUGAAAGAGGGUCUAACCAACCAAGUGAACAACCCAGAGGUGGAUGUGGAUAUCACCAGGCCUGACACACUGAUUCGGCAGCAGAUCAUGGCUCUACGUGUCAUGACCAACAAGCUGAAGAACGCAUAUAAUGGAAAUGACAUCUACUUUCAGGACUCCAGUGACGAGGGCAGUAGCUCCGGCAGCGGCAGUGGCUGCUCCGACGGCUGCACAACCGAGUUUGUAUUUGUUGGAACAGAGGCUCCUGUAAUCGGAGCUGACAGGAGCGACGAACGCGCAGCAGCAGCCGCGGGCAAGUCGCUUUGCUGUGUACCCUCCGUUCUCCUGGUGAUGGCCGCCCUCACACUUUGGGCGAUGCAGACUCAAUGGAGAUAAUACACGAGUGUGGCCUGAUCACUGACUCCUCUACUGUAUACGUACAGUAUGUUUAACAGCAAGUUCUACUGCUGUUCCCUCACUGGACAUGUAGAACCUCCUGGAACCUUGUGGAGAGUGGCUGACUGUGUGGUUGGACUGGAAGUGAGUGCAGUGCUGCAUCCUGCUCGUCUCCCAAAGAAUGCUGAUCACUGAACCAGCUUUCUCAUCUCUGAUAAAAAAAAAAUAAAAAAACAGAAAAGAAAAUGUUUUCUCAUAAUUCCGAAGUGGAUUUUGAAAAACAUGUUUCUCUUUCAGAAGGUCACACCAUCUUGAGAUGGCUCGUCAAUGAUUUUUCAGAUAAAGGGGAAUCUAUUUUUCUUUGUAUGAUGAAGUCGUGAAAACAAGUCACCCAUUUUAUCCUAUUAGUCUUCUCCCCCUCAGACAAAAGGAUAAAGUCUUACUGUGUGCAUGCAUGGAAACGAUGUUAACUGACAACAACAUUUUUUAGAUUAUCUUUAAUGCAGGCUACACAGUUUUUGGAAUUGAUUGGUUGGUGCGGGAUCGUACAGAGCUGGCAGUUCACCUGGUUUCCCGUUUGGUCAUAUCAAUGCAGUGUCAGGAAGCAGCAGUUCUUUCAGCCACUUUAUAGUUGCACAUUUAAUUAUCUCUAAUGUAAUGCACUGAGAGAACUACUUUGCACAGAUUAUUUUUGUUGGCUUCAUAAGUUUAUAAAGGAAACAUUCACCCCAUAGAGAAAGAAGAUCUAUAUUUUCAGGUCAUUGUACUGAUUGUAUUGUACUUUAACAGUUACAGUAUGUAUUUUACAGGAAGGUACUGUAAUGUAAUCUUACUGGUUUAGUUAAUGGCUACAUUUCUCUAAAUGUAUUAUUUGUUUUUAGAAGUUAUUUGAUCACCGUAAAAUGGAAACGUUUGCAGCAACAGCAAGCCAUUACGUUACACUUCUGCAAACAUUGUUAAGUUACCUGAUUUACACUCCUCUGUUUGGGUAUUUAACAUUCACCUAAACAGUCCUUUUUUAAUUCACAGAGUAUAUUGGAAAAACAAAUGAAAUACUUAUACUUUUCUUGGCUUUAUGUUCAUUAUUUCUGAUUUAUUUUCUAUGUUUUUCACAUGCAGUUCUCUUACAGGCUGUGCUGGUUUACCCCCUCACGUUUUACGAAGCACCACAUUGAAAUUUGCAUGUUCCUGCUAAUGUCCAUGUUCCGGUUAAUGAGAACAGACCCACCACCCCUACAGGCUACAGGUUGUAGAAGUGGUCAUGUACAAAGUCACCAACUGGAAAAGAAGCGGGGUGCCAAGGUUACAGGGCUCUGACUGUGCUCUUAGAAUUAGUGUUACUAUUCAUAACCUUCAUUUUAUCUCCUACUGGCUUUGACCUCUAACAGGCUCAGUGUGCAAAAGCCCAUAGCUUUGCGCUGCACCAACACAACACAAUGGCAUUGACCUCUGGUCACUUAUAAAAGGCAGGAUCCAGAAAUGUUGCAGGCAUCCUACCGAAACAGACUAGGGGGCAAAUGUUCACAGUCACAUAAAGGGGCCUUUGAGGCACCCACUGAUGUGUGUGUGGAGGCUCCAAGCUCAUAAGCACCUGAAAUGCUCCUGAAAUAAUUUCAAAUAGCCAAUGACUAAGUCUCUUGUCUCAAUGGGGAUUCACACCCCACUGCCCUGACGGAUUACCAGCUGAUUUGAGCACCUUUGAAGAGAUCAGGCAUUUCAUGUUGCAGAGUGACAUUAGUUUUCCCUCUCUGAUGCAAGCAUGACGGAAGACUGAAAAAUAACAUCCAGUGGAACCGUCCCUCUAAACCUGAAAAAGCUAUCUGAAAUUCUAAGGCACAUAUAAAAGGUGCAGGUGAUCUGUCGUCCCUCUGUAGACUCUCAGACAACUAGAAUAGACUGAUUGCUAAAGUCUUUGGCACCAUAAGGGAGAUCUCUUCUCAGCGGGCUCAUAUGGCUGACAAGAGGGACCCCAAGAGAAAAACCUAACUCCACAGGAAUCCCUCUGCAGAGCAGAUGACCCACAUCACCUCACUCCCUGCAGAACCACAGCCACACACCAGACCCAGCAUGAUUAAUUUCAAUCACUGAUGCAUACGCCCUAAUUGUGUUCCAUGACAGAACAGUGUAAAAACUGAACAAAUCAACGAAAGGUCAACAUCAAAGUGUCCAAUUUAGUAAAACAUCACAGACGGAUAAACCGGAUCCAUCCUACUGUUUUGUGUGCAUUUUCAAUUUUCUCAUAAAAAAACAUCUCCACAAAUAAAAAAUGAUGUUAAGACCAACACUACAAUCAAAUACUUAAAGCUUUUGACUGACACAUCCAGUAAAGACACAAAAAUGGCAGCAGACUUAAACAUAUUGGACCGAUACGUGAUUUUCACUUUCCUCUUAUUAGUGCAAAUAAAAAAAACAUAUUUCCAUCACUUUUUCUUGACCGUUUUCAGCCUUUUGAUGCUUGACUGCAGCUCCUUAAAUGAAGUCAGCUAGUCCAGGUAGAUUGAAUUGAGCCAAGUGAAUCCAAGGAUUGGAAUAAAGAUAUUAAUCUGCAAAGCCACAGAGAAAUGGUCACCAGUGGAAGAAUGGGAGAUUUUCCAUCCAUGGGUCAACGUCAUUAGUUGAGGGCAGGAAUGAGCUAAAAAGUGUUGAUAAAGUUGAGAUCAAUACAAAGACGAGGUCAUCUUUUUAUAAUCGUAUGAAUCUCAUUGGUCUUGUUGCUUUUUUGGUCACUACUGGAAAUUGUACGUUCAAAUGCAACCUGUGUUUUUAAGAUGUGGGUCAGUGAAUGCAUUGUAAUGUGCCAAAAAAGUACAUGCAAGUAUUCAGUGCAUACUGCAGGGGUGACUGUGCCUGCAAGCCUGUUGAGCCUUUUCUAGGUCAAAGCCUGUAUGAGACAGAACCAGGGGGAACAAUGAAAAGCAAACACAUGAUCACAGUUUACCCAACUUUUAAUAUCUAAAAUGCAGUUUUUUCAAAUGUUCAUGCAGAUGUUAGGUGGGUCACACUCUUGGCCUACUUUCCUCUUGGAUAUCUUAGAUUGCUUGUGUGUAAUCUGGUUCAUCUUGGUGUCUUUACAUGAGCACAGAGAGUCCACCACCAGGCUGAUGUGUUGAGGCGAGACCAUCUGAUCCGCAGUCUCAGUGGCUCAGACGGAUGAGUCAGACAGGGGGUAGUUAGACCGAAUGGACAUCCAGCAGUAACCAUUCAUAAUGUACUAAAUAUUUAAUAAAUUAUUAUUAAAGUAAUUAGCUGUCAGGCCUGAUGUGCAGCAGCAGUUAUCCCGGUCUGUUAGGAUUUAGCCACCCACCAGUCCCGCAGAGGAGUGGAGGAAGUUUCAUGUAAAAAUCAUGGUGUGUGAAAUGGGGCCGUUGGAGCUCAUGAAGCUCAGAAUAAUAUUUCAAUUUUAGCUUCAGAUGUUUACAUUUCUCUCUUGAUACUGAAUGUUCUGGCUCUUACAAUUAACUUUCAUUUUCAUGUUAGGUGCAGUGUCCUAUCCUAAAUCUAGACUCGUGUGCAGUAAGACAAUUGCAUUCAGAUGAUAUUUGUGUUUUGGUGAUUCUAUAAUUGGUAAAUGAAAUAAAUAUACAGCAUACAACAGGUGGAGAAAAGAGUCAAUUGUACAAGCGUGUAAGUGGUUUAUUUAUCGCUGAUGACAAACAGCUAUAUGAAUUCAGUUUGCAAGUAUUAGAAAAUAUUGUGGGGCAGAUAUUUCUGAGUCAGGGUGGGAAGUGAGGCAGAACAAUAUGUAUAGAGUGUUUUCGAUAACAAGGCAGGAAGUUCGACUUGUGGCGUCAGGUGCUGCCUCCUCAGUGAAGCUUAAUGAACAUGAAGGUGUAAAAACUCUUCAGCCGUACAAAGGUCGACUGCACCGGAAAAACGGGAUCUGUGGCUGCAGCAACAAGAGAUUAGACGGCGUGAUGAUGAGGCCCAUCCUGAUUAGUGUUCCUGAAAUACAGCAACGGAAGUGAAUCAAGACAAAUCUGUUUCAGACGACGGUCAAUUUUUUUCCAGAGAGCUGGUAUCAUUACAGUCUUCUCCAAUUACACCAAAAUGGUACAUUUGUCUUUUCGCUCUGCCUGUGUAUUCCUCUCAUUCCUAUCGAGCUGUGUUAUCCAGCUCUGACUUCUUCAACACUUGAUUUGUCUUUGUUCCUUUUCUCUUUCUUGUCUCAUUAAUUCUCUGGCAUUUAAAAAGCUGAAAAAAAAAAUUAAAUUGUGUUUGGCUGGGGUUUUAUUCAGAAUGUUCAAACAAAAUGUGUUAUGCAAGGUCUUUUCCAUUUUGAUGUGAAUCAUUUGUUGCACUUUUGCUAAAACAUACUGUAUGCUGUGAGUGUGGUUCUGUUGUGAUUUGCAAAAUCCGAUAACUAAGGAGCACAUUAAGAUUUUUGGAGCUGUCAGUGCACGCUGUUUAAAGUGUUUGGGGGGGACUGGAGUUGAUGGUUAUACAAGCAGACAUGCCUUACCAUUUUUUAAAAGACUAAAAUGGAUUGCUUAUUUGGCUUUUGUUACACAUUCUU